AUGACAAUUAUCAUCAACUUUUUUGUUAUUAUUUAUUCGGUAAACAUAGUAUCGGUCUUGUCAUCUGCAACAAUAAUCGAUUGUGAAAUAGGUGAUAUCGAUGUUGUUAUUCCGUGUCCAAUAGACCGAACUCAAUGGACAUUACCUUCAAUACUUCAAUGGUAUCGAUCAAACAAUAGUUAUACUAAGCCUAUUGCUAGUCAAUUUGAUAAUUAUCCUGUACAUAUCGAUGAUAUCUAUCGUAAUAAAUAUAGUCUUCUUUCGAACGGUUCAUUAAAGAUCGAAAAUGUUCAAUUAAAUGAUAAUGAUACAUUUGAAUGUCGAUUGAUUUUAAUUGACCGUGGUCUACUCGAUGUAAAGAGCAACAAUUUUGUUACACUUCGUGUUAAUGAACAACCAUAUUUUAUUAAAUUAUCCAAUUCAUUACAAAUAGUUUCACAUUAUUCAACCGUGAAUUUCAUUUGUCAAAUUUAUGGAGUUCCUGUUCCCAUUGUAAAAUGGUAUAAAAUCAUUGAGAAAAAUAAACAAUACACAAGUAAAGAUGAAAACUUAGAAUUACUUAUAACUGAUAGUCAACAAUUUACUCUUCGAAAUGUUGAUGAUCGGAUGGCUGGUAAGUAUAGAUGUGUGGGUAAAAAUCGACUGGGUACAAUACAAAAUGACUUUCAACUUCUUAUACGUGGUUCGAUCUAUUGGCGACGAUUUCCCGAGAGUCAAACUGUUAAAAUAAACGAUAGUGUCAUAUUGAAAUGUGAAGGAGAAAGUAGUGAAAAACUACAAUAUCAAUGGUUGAAAGAUGAUCUUCCUGUUUUGGAUACAAUCUCAUCAAGAGAUCGUAUACAAACUUAUAGUGAUGGUGUUCUUAGUAUUCAUAAUAUCGAACCUUCGGAUCAUGGAUUUUAUGUAUGUAUAAUAAACACGUUAAAUUCAGCUGGUGUUCGAAGUAAACCGGCAGUAAUAACUGUUAAAUAUCCACCAAUGCCUUCACGUAGUCAUCAAGCAAAAAAUUUGACAUUUAUCCGAGGUUCAACAGGUAUCUGUCCGUGUUUGCUAGAUGCUUAUCCAUCAAUUCAAUCUGUUUCUUGGUAUCGAAAUGGAGAAUCGAUACGCAUUGAACCAAAAGGUGGUGCAUAUUCUAUUACAUCUGAAUUUGGCUUGGUAAUAAAAUCUGUUGAAACAGAUGAUAGCGGUGAAUAUUUUUGUCGUGCACAAAACUCCGAAGGAUUCGGGCAUGAUAGUAGACCAUUUUAUUUAGAAACAAAAGAACCAAUCAAAUUUAUUCUUAAACCAAAGUCUAUCUAUCAUGUAAAUGAACGAGAUAAAUUGAUAUUACCUUGUGUAGCUUUGGGUACUCCACAACCUAUGAUUAAAUGGUUCAAAAAUUCUAUUGAAUUGAGUGACGUUCAUGAAAAUCUAACAUUGGAUUCUAUUGAUAAAACUGACCAUGGUGUGUAUAUAUGUCAAGCAUCAAAUGAACACACAACAACUAAUAUUACCGCAUUAAUCACUGUCGAGAAUUCAACACCUCAAGCACCCCAUAACAUUAAUUACAAACAAAAGUUAUCGAAUCUGUUUAUUUCUUGGGAACCUGGUUAUGAUGGUGGUCGAUUUCAACAUUUUAUUAUCUGGCAUCGAAUGUUACAUAAAAAGAAACGUACCUGGAAUCAAACUCGUGUUUUACCAGAUAACGCAACGGAAUUUACACUAUUUGAUUUAAAAUUACACCAACCCCAUGAAUUAACCAUUGUCGGAGAAAACUAUUUUGGUUUAGGAACAUUCACUCCAAUAAUUACAAUUCAAUUAAAUCAAACACAAGAUUUAUCGAUUGAUUAUCUUUAUCAUUCAAAUACAACAAGUUUAUCUCGACCAUUAUCACCUCGAAAUCUCCAUUUAUACCAAUCAGGAUUAAAUCUUUAUAUAACAUGGGAUCAUCCAGAUUUAGUUGAAUCGUCAGUAAAGGUUGCUUAUUAUGUUAUACUAUGGCGUUCGACAAUUUUAUUUAAUAAUCAACAAUCACAACAAUCAAUUGUUCUACAUCAUCCAAUGCGUUCACAUAUAUUGAGAAAUAUGAAACAAUCUAAAUAUAUUAUACAAGUUGUAGCUUAUUCAAAUCAAGGCACAUAUAGUUUGCCAGCUGAAUCACAAAUUAAUAUUCAAUUUAAUGCAAUUAUUGCUUAUAGUGGAUCCAGUGGUUUACUUAUCAUGUUACUUUGUAUUUUAAUUCUAUUAACAAUAUCAGCGAUAUCGUUCUGUCUGUAUUGUGUAUUCAAAUAUUAUUAUCAUAGACGAUCAUAUAUAACAGAUCUUGAUUGUGAUUCCAAAUGGAAAUGCUGCUGUCUUCCUCAUAUUCGAUAUAAACUAGGUGAUUGUUCUCAUGUGAAAGCUGAUCGAUAUCAUGCAAGUCUUCUCAAAUCACAUGAUGUUCAAACAACACCACUGUAUAAAUCUCAAAAUCGAAUAAUGCAUCACACAGCUACUGCUCCAAUUCAACUACCUUCGCCUCAAGAAAGUUGUACUGAUUCAACAAUAUCCCUAGCCAAAGUUACAACUAUACCACGUUGCCGUGAUUCAAUCAUAUCAAAUACAAUAAUUACACCACAGUUAAAACGUAUUUCACUAUGCAUAGACAAUCCAAAUUCAGUCGUUGGAUCAACUGUGACUUUUGCAGCUAAUGAUGAAACUAAAAUGGCUUCAUUUUUUGAACCAAUUUUAGCAAAUAACAUUUCACCUAUACCAUAUGCUGAUAUAGACAAUCGUAAAACUGGUUCUCGUCUUCCGCUUGAAGCAGUACCAGAGAUCAAUGAACUUGAUGUAGCUAAUAGUCGAUAUAGUUUUGAUCCAUCAAUACUAUCGAUAUUACCUAAUUCUCAUUAUUCUCGUACAGUUCAACCUAGUCCUGUUCUAAUUACAUUUGAUUCUAGUACAUUGAAAUUUCGUACAUGA